AGGCCAACAGGCUAGUGAAGGUCGCUGUAAAUCCUAGCGCCGUUUAUCUCCCUCAGCCGCCCCACCUUCCAGUCGGACAUCUCAGCUCGCACAGUGCCAGGCCAACAGCAGCGGACGUGAACUCCCAGUCCACUGCGUACAAAAAGGACAAGUUAAAGAGUUGCUGACAUCGCCGUCGCCGAGACUCUGCAAGUUCAAGAUGCGGCUGUUGAUCCACUCUGCAGACCAGGUGGUAACUCCUGUCUCCGUAGAACGUGGCAGGAAACCAGAAGUGCGUGUCCUUCAUAAUGCAGCCAUCGCCAUUGAUGAGCAUGGGAAGAUCGCGGCGGUGGGCGACUCGGAAGCGGUGUGCCGGCGCUACGAGGGCCAGCAGUUCGACGCCCGGAUAGACGCGAGCGGACGCUGCGUCAUGCCCGGCUUCGUGGACGCACACACACACCCUGUCUGGGCCGGCGACCGCUCCCACGAGUUCGCCAUGAAGCUGGCCGGGGCGUCAUAUCUGGAGAUCCACGAAAAGGGCGGUGGCAUUUACUUCACGGUGGAGCAGACGACUAAAGCUUCAGAUGAUGAGCUGUACGCGAGCCUCAAGGAGCGGCUCACGAAGAUGCUGCAGGCAGGGACGACGCUGGCGGAGGUGAAGUCGGGCUACGGCCUGGAGGCGGCGGCGGAGCUGCGGCUGCUGCGGCUGCUGGAGCGCGCGCGACGCGACCUGCCGCUGGAGCUCAGCGUCACCUACUGCGGCGCGCACGCCGUGCCCAGAGGGAAGACUGCGGAAGAGGCAGUGCGUGACAUCGUGGAGCAGCAAAUACCGUCGAUCAAGAAACUGGUGGACGCAGGGGAGCUGGCUGUCGAAAACAUCGAUGUCUUCUGCGAGAAAGGCGUGUUCAGUACCGACCAGGCGAGGGCCAUCCUAGAGAAGGGCAAAGAGGCCGGCAUGCGUCCUAACUUCCACGGCGAUGAGCUCAACCCGAUGGGCUGUGCACAGCUGGCAGUGGAUAUAGGAGCGUGGGCAGUGAGCCACCUGGAGGAAGUGUCCACAGAGGGGGUGGCGGCACUGGGAUCAGCGCACCAGCCCCCGGGGGCGGUCCUGCUGCCCACAACAGCGCUGCUGCUGCAGCUGCAGCCGCCUCCGGCCAGGCAGCUACUGGAUGCGGGCGCACUCGUCGCCCUAGGAUCGGACUUCAAUCCCAACGCGCACUGCUACGCCAUGCCAAUAGUGAUGCUAUUGGCUUGCAUACUCAUGCGAAUGAGUGUUGAGGAGGCGCUUGUGGCAGCUACAUUAAAUGCUGCUGCAACAUUGGGUCGAGCAGACAGAGUGGGCUCCAUUGAAGAAGGGAAAGCAGCAGACUUAGUCAUUAUUGAUGCAAGCAGGUGGGAGCACAUCAUUUAUCAGUUUGGCUGCCAUGAUAACCUGAUAGCAUAUGUCAUCAAGAAUGGAAAGGUGGUGCACUGCAAGAAGGAUGCAAUUAAUGGAUGAAAGUUGCUGCUAUUGGCCAAUCAGUACAUCUGCAAAAAUGUUGUUUCCCUCAAAUGCUCUUCAAAUACCACUGUUAAAAUAUUUAACAGAAUAUGAUGAAGUUUUUCUACACAGUAACAACAUUUAAAGAAUGGAAAUAGAAAAAAUUCUAAGUGCCAUUUUUUCACAAAAUAAAUUUCAGUUCUAUUGAACUCUCAGUA